AUGGCCUCCCCUGCGGUGGAGCCGCCCAAGCGGGAGCAAAAUUUUCUAGUGAAGGUAGGGAUGGAUGCCUGGACGCAGCCGUUCGCGGUUGCCCACAAGGUCAGGUUGGUGCACAUCCUCAAGAAUCUCCACACCUCGGAGGUGAAAAUCUACUCGGACGCGUCUAAGGAGUUCAUAGUACUACUGGAUGGUGAGUCCGGCGGGGAGGUGCUACAGGAGUACGUGCAGCAGUCGCCGCAGCUCAGGGAGCUGAUCGAGGCGUGGUGGCUCCACCGGGAGAAGCCAGGGAUGGCGUACAUACUUUCCCUCUUUGCGGCCGUCCUGAGCCACCCUGAUGAAUGCCGCUCUGGAUUUGCUUGCUGCAAUUGUCAGGCGUGGAGGGGUCUGGCGCCGGAGGUCGCUGAGAGAUUUGAUUUUAAGAUGGCUAUUUUGCCGCAGCUCACUGGGACAAUGAAGAAGAAAGGGAGCAGGGAUGGAGGAAUCGGAGGAAGGGUGCUGAAUUUGGGUCCACAAGGCGGUCAUUUAUUGGGUUUGCCAUGUCGUUUUGGAGGUUGGGAAUCCAAGGCUGCUAAGAUGGAUCCUUCAACAGAAGGAGAUGAGUCACUUGUCCCACCAGGGCUAAGGAGUGUCCUCUUUGGAAGUGUCACAUUGGAGCAGCUGAGCUUGAUCUCAGGGAAUCUUGAUGCAGGGGAAGCAGCUGACUUUGCUCAUGAGGUAUUGGUCAUGGUGUGCACUGAUCCGAAAAAUGGAUUGAUGCCAGGAUCAAACUUGAGAGUGCAAUAUGCUCAUGCUGGUCAAAUUAUUAUUUGCAGGUUUUCGGCCAUCUCCCUUGCAGCUGAUGUCAUAGCUUCAGCAAAAUGUGAUAGCAUUGUUCAAACUCUUUCAUCCAAUUCACAUGGUCUGGUAUCUGUAGAUGAUGAAGAAGUUCAGGGAUUGCUGCAUUCUGAUGAUCUUGUGAAGCAUGGUUCUCUGAGGCUUGUUUUUGAAUCAGUUAACCUGCUUUGUUAUAUUAUCGAAGCCAUCAAUUGCAUGGUAUCAAAAGGGAGACUGAAGUCAGAAUUCAUUGGCUCAGAGAAAGUAACCAUGAAAAUAGAUGAUUUCCCAGUAUUAAGCUGUUCUGAUGGUACAGAUGCAUCCUUAGUUGAUGAGGUUCACCAGGAAGAUGAAAUGCAGGUCAAGAGGUGGACAUCUCUAAGAGAAUACAUCCAAGAUGAAGUUCAUGGAGCUAUGCCUGAUCCUCAAGUCCUUCUCAAGUUACUCUCUUCUACCAGCCAGAAACAUCAAAAUUACUCUCAGAGCAUACGAAAGAAAAAUGCUCAACUUUCUGAGCCUCCUCAAAAGAAACGAAGAUGCAGUCCUUCCUGUGAGGUUGAUGAUAUUAUUAUUGGUGGCAUUGAUGUUGAACAGGAUAAGGACGCGUCUGAAGAACGAGACCUGGACUUAAAAAAUGACCGCACAACCACCUUGUGUGAGAUAUGGAGCUUAGAUAAACAAGAUACGAAGAUGAAAGAUGCAAAUGUUGUAGAACAUGUCUUCCACUCGAAGUUGCUGGAUGUUCUCAGGCUUUAUUUGGGGGUGAUGCCCAGCUCUUUUGAUGGAUCAUAUGACUUCUUUAAGAUUAUACCACCUAACCCAUUGGAUCUGUCCAUGGAUGAGCAACAGUCCCUGUUAUCUCUUUUACUUGAGUAUUCAGGCCAAUCUAGAGGAUGUUUGGACCCAGAAAGAGCUCCAGAAUCAAUGUACAAGUAUCUGCAACCCUUGGUUUAUAUCAUGUUGCAUUCACAGAUGAAGAACAUCCGUGAUCAAGCAUAUAUUUUAGUUAAAGCUGCUAUGGCAAGUUCUGGUGCAUUUGAUCAUAACUUCACAGAGAUUGAUGCAUGGUUGGUUUUCUUGCCUGGUUAUGAGGCCAAAUGGUGUGUAAGAGAGAACCUAAGAGUUGGAGCACCUAAUAAAUUAUCACACAUUGUAAUCCCUUUUCUGUGUGAUGCUAUUUCGGUAGUUUGUAAUAACCUGUAUAAAUACCAAGAGCACACACGCAAGCUUAUCUCUAAAUCAGGCCAGUUGGAAGGCUGUUCUCCAGCUUUCAGCCCUCUGAUUAUUUGUGUUCUUCAGAAAUGCCUUAGGCUACUCGACACAGAGUCUGGAAGCACAAAGUUACACGAGAAGUCCACAAUUUCAUUGUAUGUGUGCAACACGAUCCACCUUAUUCUUCAGUCUCAGGUGGACGUGCAUUUAUUGCCUGAUCUUAUAGGUACUGUUCUAAAUGAAAGAUUUGAUAAAUUUUCAUCCCAAGAACUGAACUCUAGGAUUUAUCUUGCUGAGUGGAGGCCAUUAACAAAUAUGCUGCAUUUCUUGAGGAGAAUUUCUUACCAACAAAAUUAUAGCCUGUUCAACACGCCGGAACAUUCUCCUGAGUUUGAUGGUAACUCGUUGUGCUCUGUAUCUAGACAGGUUGAAGAAAUGUUGAAUCAAGAACAAACUAAUUCGCUGGAUGAUGUAGCAACUGCAUUCUUAUUUUCAAUCAUAUGUGCACCUCCAAAAGAUGUUAUCGGUGCCUUUCCAGAUCUUCUUGAUGUUGUGAAAACACGUUUUCCAUCUCAUGUUGCUUUCUUGUCCUCGGUUCUUUUUCUGCAACAUGAUUAUCUGGCUAAAGUUGCUAGUUGUUGGCCAGAUAUAUUCUUCAGCAGCAUCAGACUGUUAAAGGAUGAUAUCAAUGUUGACCAUGUAAGCACAGUUGAGGACGAAUGGCAGAACCUCUCUGUUUCAACAGAAUCAGCUCCUCUAAGUACAUUUUUAAGUGUCAGUCCCUUCUGUGCGCUUUUACCUUCAGUAUUGAGCCUUGCAUUUUCUUCGCCAGAUGAAAUCAGGGAAGCACAUAAGGAUGCACUUCUAAGACUUCUUGAAGUUAAAUUGUCUGAUUGCACAUUCAGUGAGCUUACCUUGUAUCUGAGAGUCAUCUUGUUCUGGACUCAUCACCUACUGUCAUCAUAUACUAUUAAGGAUUCAAAUUCAAAUAAUCUUGAGCAACCAUGUCAUUUGUGCUUUGGUCUUCUUGAUAGAGUAUUCGAGCGUAUUCAAGUUUUGACUGCUGACCUUUCACAGUCAAAAUCUGCAUACCCAGCCUAUCCAGUUCAAUGUAUCCAAGACAUUGUUGAUUCUGUUCUUCGGCAUCCUGUUAUUACCCUGUCUUUGUCAUGCUCUUUAUCCAAUUGCCAAAAUUUAGCAGAUGGGAGUUUGGAACAUCUGGAAGAAGCUUUGGCUAGUUUUGCGAAGGAAAAUCUGCACCUUAUAGAUUGUUUUGUUCUAAACCUUUUGGGUAAAUUGUAUGACCUUUUGCUAAUAUUUGGUAGCUAUGGAGGUAACUAUACAGAUAAUGGCCCAUCCCAUGAGUCACUGUUUGCUGCUCCAAAUCUUCUGCUGGAGAACAUAAUAUUGUUGUUCAAGGAGAAGUUUGAGCUCUGCAUGGACAAAGUAAACUUUGGAUUGCUUUUGCCAAAUUUCUACAUGGUUCGCACACUGUCAAAAUUCUUUUCUCCUGUCAAACUCCUGAACCUUGCAAAUUGGAUGUUCCCAAAAUUGGACGGUCGCAGCUCCAGUUCACCUGCUUUUGUUCCUGCUGUUUUGAUGUGCCUAUAUAUUACUGAUGUCGCCAUGGAAAUGCUGUGCUGUUAUCUACAAAAAACUGAUCAGAGAUCAGAUUCCCAUCUAUUUCGGGACUUGGAGAUCCAUAAUUCUGAUAUCAAUGCCAUUCAACAAGCCUAUCACAUCAUUCUUCAUUUUGCUACUAAGUGGAAUAUUGAAUUUGCUGAUCAUUGCUUGUUGAAGAUGCUGUGUCGUAUUCAUCACACAGAAAGAUGUGCAGGAUGGAACACUGACUAUAUUGCAUUCCAUAUGAUAUUAUCUACAAUGGCCAUCAAUACUCCGAUUGACACUCUUCAUCACUGCAUCUUUCGCACAUCUAAGGUUAAAGCAAAAGCAAUCCUGUUGCUUUUGGAAGCAAGUCCUAUGCAUCUGAAUUUUUUUAGCCAGAUAUUCUUGGAAAUUUUAAAUAAAGACACUUCUCUUUUGCAAGUCAAGGAUUCUGAUUCUAACAAUUUAUGGGCUCAAGCAGAUGGUGCUAUACUUCUGUUGCCUGCUGCUUUAUCAUGCUUGAAGUUUCACAGCGAUGACAACAGGCAGUGUGCUGAAUUCCUUGAACCAGUUCCAAUCUUUUAUUCUGAACUACUAUUAUGUGAUAAAGGGUUUUCAAGUUGGAAAAGCUUUGUUACCCGGAGCAUUUUUGAGGAAGAUUUUAGGGACUUUAUACCCACAUCAGUUGAAGAUAUAAUGGUUUAUUUCAGUAGCACUCUCUUGGGGAAGUCAGUUCCGAUGUUGCACUACUACUUUGCAUCGAAAGAAAUUUCAUGGAAACAACGCUUGGAAAUAGUUAGUUCAAUUAUUCCAGAGUCAUCUGAGCUAUUAGAUUCUGAUGUUAAUGAUAUUAAUCCCACUUCGUGCAAUAGCAUUAUGAAGUUUACUAAUGAAUUGUUCGCGAAGGUGUCACUAAUUAGACUGUUAUUAUCUCCUGGAAAAUCAUUGUCCAAUGAAGUAGCUUCAGAGAGGGAGUCCAAGAGAGUGCACAAAGCAAAACUAAAUUUCAUUAGCAUAUUGGUCAGAACUAUCGAUAGAAUACUCAUGAAUUUCCCAUCGAGUGACAAUAUCUUCUCAUACUCUACCAAGGAAAGAAAGGUCAUCUGUUUUCUGGAAUAUGUAAUUCUCAAGAAUAUCAUUGAACUGUCCUCAGAGAUUCAAAGCUAUCUAAAUCAGCUGAAAUCAAUACCUUUCCUUGCCCAAUUCAUCAGAUCAUCCCUCUUGCAUAGAUUCAAUGAUCCUGUCACAACAAAAGCAAUUCGGUGUAUUCUUGUUGUGCUAUCACAAGGAAAGUUCUCAGCUGAUGAAAUUCUUGAACUUAUACUGGGUCACUCCAAUUUUGUAUCGACAAUAACAUGCAAUGAAGUUUCUGAGUAUCCAUGUGCUUGUAACACCACAGGAGGGAUGCUACAGCUAGCUCCAAGUAUUUUGAAAUUAGUUGAUUCUUCUUUCAUGGAAGAAUAUAAGGCAGAAAUUUCUAUUGCAGAAAAGAGAAGAGUUGAAACCAUCAGAUUACUAAGGGUACUGUAUGAUAUUAAGAGCAGACAACAGAAUAAUAGCCAAUUGAGCGAGUCAAGAGAAUUAGUUUUCUUGCUUUUGUCUGUUUAUGGCGCAACCCUUAGUGAAACAGAUUUGGAGAUACUUCACCUUAUGAAUGAGAUAGAGUCACCCGAGUGCCGAACCAUUACUGAAGUCGAUCAUCUGUGGGGAACUUCUGCUCUGAAAUUCAGAGAAGAACUGAAACUAGAUUUUUCAAAAUCAGAUACGCAUAACACAGAGAAUGCUGAGAUUACUGAAAGGAGACGGACGCUCUUUCGGGAGAACAUACCUGUUGAUUCCAAGCUCUGUGCAAAGACAUCUUUGCUAUAUUGCUAUAAAAGAUCUUCAAGGGUUUCUGUUUUCUCACUGGAACAGCUUCAACGGGAUAACUUUGCUGAUAGUUUCGAGGUAACAUCUCAAAGAAUGGAUGUUCAGAUUUACGAUUCUAUUUUUAUAUUGCGAUUCUCAAUUCAUACCCUUCACAUGGGUUACAUUGAGCCUGCUGAAUUUGCCCGGCUAGGGCUUCUUGCAAUCACACUUGUUAGUAUAGCAUCUCCUGAUCAUGAAUUAAGGAUGUUGGGCUAUGAGUGCCUAGGAACAUUGAAAAAAUCCCUUGAGUAUGCUCAGAGAAGCAAGGAAACAUGGCAGCUUCAGCUCCUUCUGACAUACCUUCAGAAUGGGAUAUCCGAACAGUGGCAGAAGAUACCUUCCAUUAUUGCCGUUUUUGCCGCAGAAGCAUCUUUGACGCUACUGGAUGGCUCACACGCUCAAUUUACUGUCAUUAGAAAUUUUUUAAUGCAUUCCACUUCUGUCAGCCUGCAGAGCAUUCCGUUAUUUCCAACCUUAUUGCAGAGCAGUUCUGUGCAUUUUAAAGCUGAACGUUUGUGGAUGCUUCGGUUAUUAUCUGCUGGAUCAAAUCUAGCUGAUGAUGCUAAAAUAUACAAGAGAGGAAGAGUCUUAGAGCUUGUUCUUGCCUUCUGUUCUUCACCUGUUUCAGAUUUUGAAUCGAAGGUUUUAGUCCUUAAGGUGCUGAAGAAGUGUGUCAAGCUGCCAGUUCUAGCUCAUCAUCUAGUAAAAGAGUCUGGCAUUCUGUUGUGGUUAUUGUCUGUUAUUUCAGUCCGUAGUGAAGGGUCUGUUGGUUCUGAAAGCUCCUGUUCUAGAGUUACUGAGUUAGCGUUGGAGGUAGUCAAUGGUUUGAUAUCAUCAAGAUUAAUCACAGAUUGGCUCCAAGAAACUGCCCUUGAGCAGCUCUCGGCAAUAUCAUCAUACCUUUCUGUCCUCCUAAUUAACAAUGCCAAAUUAUUGAAAGGAAAUGCUCGCUUGUUGACUUCAGUGCUAAGUGUGAUUACAUCAACAAUGAGGCUGUCUAUGAAAAGGAAGAUAUACCAACCACAUUUUACCUUGUCCCUCCAUGGUGUAUUUAAUCUGUGCCAAGCUAUUGGUGGUAGCUCAGGAAGUACAGAGCAUAAGCCUGCAAUGGAACUUGGUAUCGAUGCCAUUCUGAUGAAUGGUCCUAUACCAUUUUUUUCUGAAAUGGAUAAGUCAAGAAUAUCAAUGGUUGUUUCUUGGGCAACUUCAAGCAUCUUCUGGCUGUACUCCAACCAAAGAUCUCUGUUGGAAAUAUCCUGCAAAGAGCCACCGAGAAAUGAGUCUCUACUUUCGAAGAUUUUGCGCUUGUUAGCCGCUUCUGUAAUACUUGGAAAGAUAUCUAGCAUCUCUCAUGGAAAGAGUGUAGAUCUUGCACGGAGCACCAGCAGUCUUGAAACUCUUAGGUCUUUCUUGGACGAUGCAUGUGAAAGGGUUGAAACGGCAACGAGUUGCAGUGCAAAUGAUACUCUAGCUGUCAUUAUACUGUACCUUCAAGACCAUGUGGCAAAGAACAGUGAUUCCUUGCCAUCAGUUGUUACAGCCCUUUGCUUGUUGCUUCUUGACAGAUCCAGUAAGCAAGUGAACAAACACCUGGCCAACAACCGUGGGAAAAUUGAAAUGCUUUGUUCAAAGAUACGCUGCCCAACUGAAUCUAAUCCUGCAUGGAGAUGGCAUUACUAUCAACCCUGGAAGGAUUCUGCUUUGCAGCACACCGGGAUGGAGCGCCUGGAAGAAGAGCAGGCCUGCCGAAGCCUCCUGGUCCUAUUUUCCAAUGCCUUCAGUGCCUGCCUGUCAGAGUUCCCGGCGUUGUCCCUAGAUGAUGUUGAGAAGUCUGGCCUUUUCCAGUGGGAAAGAGAGUCCAUGAUUAAACAGUCUUCCACUUAG